GUUUAUCUUAAUUUUUAAAUUUUUUUUGAGGGACUGGAUAAUUUCAGAAUUUUGGGAACUAUCUAGGGUUCUUGGAGGUUGGCGUUCUCCCGUACCAGACAUGGAAGUGCACGAAGAGAUAUCGGAGGCCACGCUUGAACUCGCAAAGAAAAGAACUGCAGAUCUGCGUGCCCAGGUUGCGCAAGCAGAGAUAGAGUUGCAGGAAGCGAAAACUCAGUUGGAUCGCAUUCGAAGUGGCAAGCCAAGGUUUUCUGUGGAAGGUAAUGAAGCCCCAUCUAAGGUCCACAUGGAACCACCUUCGAAGAUCUGUCGUCAACUCAAAACAUUGUCAAUUUGACACCCCUCCAUAAUCUAGUAGACAGUGUUUGAUCCUUUUGGUUCUGGUUGCAUGUUAUCUGUUGUUGCCUAUGGAGCGUAGACUUUGUUUCUAAUCAGAUAUUUAAGACAUUAAAGGCUUUUAGUUGUGUGUCUUGUUGAUUAAAAAUUGCUAUAUUGCAUUUUGUGCCUUUUAAGGUGGAUUCUUUUUGACGGAUUUGACUACUAUUUUGUCU